UUGACUUUUAUUCCCAACAGCGUAAAAUUACAAUUAAAUAAUGGCAAUAAUACAGAGAAAAUAUGCGAAUGCUAUUGUUAAUUUAGAAGUAUAAUAAAUCGUUGUGACAAAUAUGUUAGUAAUAUUCAGAACACCUGUGAUUUCUGGUUUUAUCAUUCAUAACAUACAUACACAAGUCCGAGAACACGUAGUAGAAUAUACUUACUCUUCUUGAUAAGUACUUUUUUGUUUCAAAUAGUUAAUUGAAUUAAGAAGCAAGUAUAUAUCAAUCCUCGCAAUGCACUGUAGAUAAAGAGUUUGUAUGUACACACAGUGGAUAGAUAUUCAUACCUCAACAAAAUAAAGUGGUAAAUUAAAAUAGUUCAAGAUUUUGUGUUUAAACAAUGAACAUUUGAAACGGAAGAUGAACUGUUGUUUAUGAUCUUCGAGAACAGAAAGAUCAACUGCAACUAAUGGCAAUGAAUGUACAAACGAGAUACCCUUACGAGGGCUUACUUUACAAGUACACAAAUGCUAUGAAAGGAUGGCAGUAUAGGUGGUUCAUAUUGAGCCCAGAAACUGGUGAGUUGCACUACUUCCUCAGCGAGUCAGAAAAGAAUCAGAGGCCAAGAUGUUCUAUUUAUUUAGCUGGAGCUGUCAUUGCUCCCAGCGACGAAGAUUCCAACACUUUCACCGUCAAUUCAGCGACAGGCGACAUGAUCAAGCUACGAGCCACGGACGCUCGAGCGCGCCAGGAAUGGGUGGACAAGUUGCGUGCCGUCAUCGAGAUGUACACGCGAGCGAUAGCGAGUAGCCACCCGCCCUUGCCUCCUCGCGAGCACACGAGCAGCCUACGAGCGGCAACCAGCUGUGUGAGCAACCCCGUGGCCAAACUUGAGGUCCUGGACGCCUUUGCCAAUUGCCGUGAGCAGCUGAACAAGGCCGAGAAACAGAGUCAGUCCUUGGCCCAAGCCAUCGAAAGCUCCAGCAUGAAUCUCGACCCUGAACUAUUGGUGCUGAAGGCCACUGCCUAUGCCACGGUUUACACUCUCAAUCAGUGCUUGAACAUUUUGUAUCAGUAAUCAUACCGAUUCAUAGGGAUCUAACAGGUUGUAGAUGUGUUGUCGUGGAAGAUUGUUGAAAUUAGAAUUUAAUUGUUAUUGAGAGUUGCAAGGUGCAAUAUUAUACUCGCUGUUUGACUUUGUACAUAAAAGAGAAUGCUCAAGAUGAUGAGAUUGAAUAUUAAAGAUCAGUCAUUUGGGCUGCUUUGUACCUACUUCGUUUUUUUAAUAACUUAUUUCUUUGUAAGUACAAAAUCUUCCACUACUUAUCGAAAUAGAGGAUGUUCAUAUGUUAUAGGAAUAAUAUUUUUUUUUUGUACUUUGUCAAGGUAUAAUCUGAUCGCUUGGAUUUAUUUUUUUUCUAUUUUUUCAUUAUACUCUGAAGCUUACUCUAGUUUGGUUAAUUAACAAAAAUGUAUGGCAAUAGAUAGGUUUAAUUUUUUUAUGCUUUUUUACAAUAUAAAGCAUCUAUCCAAGAUGAAUAUUUCACACAAAAUGUUUCAUAUUUAUAUUUUAAUAAUUUAGUGAUAGAAUAAGCGACUAUGUACUGCAGGAUUUCCUUUGUUCAGCUGUUAAGAGAUCCGAAUACAUGAUUUUUUAAUGAUAACAAAAGACAUGGGUGUGGACCUCGGAAUAAGUAAUAUAAUACUGUGUGACAAAUGUGAUUCAAAAUAAUACCUGCUACAUACAACUAUAAUGUGACCUAAUGAGAAUUUCAUUGAAACAUUACUUGCUCUGUGGAGGCAAACUUAGUGUAAUAUAUGAUCAAAACUUUUUACCUAGAGUAAAAUGCUGGUGUUCAAGUAGUAAUUUUGAGCUGCUUACCCAAUAGUAGGCCAUCUCCAAUUUAUUGCUCAACAAAACUAAAAAUUUGCAAACACAAAACAGUGAUUGAAUUUUUAAAAAAGCGUUCUUUGCCUGAAAAUGUUACACUACAAAGAAUAUUAUUUUUUUAUCUAGUGCAAUAAAGGUGCUUUGCCAUGUAAUACGAACAAACUUAUUUCAUGUACAUUGUAAAAUAACAAUGCUUUACUGUUUCGUUCUUGUGAUAGAAAAUUAGACUAAUAUUUACUUGACAUGAUAUUCGAAACAAUAUCUGUAUUGUUUUUAAUUCUUGCCUUUUUACUUUCACAGUUAAUGUAUGUAUCUCAAUGAACUACUUAAUUUUUAUACCUUUUUUUGAAGUUUGUUUAAAGUGUUCAAUUCAAUCUGAAUGCUUUAAUUUCACAACUACUUAAAACUGUAAUGUAAAUAAUAUUCUAUAUAAUUUUACGUCAUAUGUUUGCUUUGCUAUAAUGAAUGCAGAGAGAAAAAGAAAGAAAAAGAGAGUACAAAAUAUAUUCCACGAGAUUACUGUUAACCGUAUACUUUUAUUACAAUUAUUGUACAUUUAAUUAUUAUUAAAAUGCUGCAUCACAUAUUAUAAUCACUCGAACAUAUCAUUAAUUUGUUAAAAGAAAUGUAUGAACUCAAGUGUCACACAAUUUAUGCCUUCCAAAAUUUCUGUAAUCCGCUUUUCUGAUGAAAUGUAUUUCUAAGCUAAGCGUUGUAUUUUCAGUUGUUUAAACAUGACCUUUUUUUAUGUUUAAUUUAAUAAUUUAAUUGCCGUUGCGAACUUGUCACAGACAAAACAAAAUAAAUUUUUUAAUACAAAGACAAGUA